UCACGCCUUAAAACACGAGUAUUUAAAUAUGUUCACGUGGAAAUAAAUUUAAGUAUUUCAUCCUGCUUUUGAGUAUUUAGACUUUCACAGAAGAUAACAAGAAGAAACAAGAAUGGGAUAUGCCCAUCUAAGACAUAUUGGAAAAGAAAUAGUGGUUGGCAAGAAAACUACCCUGAGAGUGAAAUAUAACGAGAGAGGAAAUGGAAAACAAGGCGGAAUGGCCAUAAAUUUUAAAAGACAUAUGGGCGACUGCAGCGAUAUCAUUCUGCAUUUCAAUCCAAGGUAUCCAGCAUAUCAAAUAGUUUUGAACUCUUUCGUUAAUCAAAACUGGCAAAAAGAAGUUCUUGUUGGUGCGGAUCCGACGGUAUUUUCGAAAGAGUUUGCCUUAUCAUUGGACGUCAUAGAUGAAACAACUGUCUUGAUUAAAGUCCAAGGCGAACUAUUGACGACAUAUAUCUGUCCCGAUGAUAUUACCAAAACGGAAUUCAUAGAGUUCUCUCCUGAAUACAGAAUUAUUGAGGAGAACAAUGGACACACUUGUAGUUAUUAAGAUAGUUCAAGAUGAAAACUCAAACCAUAGAGUUUUAUAAAAUCUUUAUACAAACCGUGCAUUCAAUUCAUGAAAAUUGUAUCCUCAGUUUUAGAGAAAAAAAAAUAAAUUGUCUCCAAAUAAAAUUUGUAUUUCAAA